AUGCAAAACAACGAAAUUAUAAAACCUGCCAAAUACUUUUCUGAAUUGGAAAAGAGUAUCUUGCUUGCAUUAGUGGAAAAAUAUAAAUAUGUGCUUGAAUGUAAGAAAAGUGAUGCCAGGACAAUUGCACUUAAGCAGCGGACCUGGCAAGCCCUGGCCCAUGAAUACAAUUCUCAACCGAGCGUUUCACUACGAGAUUUCAAACAAUUGAAGAAGUGUUGGGAAAACAUCAAGGCACGGACCAAAAAGAUAAUGGCGCAUGAAAGGAGAGAGAAGGUAAAACGGAGCGUUAGUCCACUUCUAAGCACACAGGUAAUAGGGAAAGAGAAGAUUGCCAGCAUGCUCCCUGAGCAAAUUUACUUUUUACAGAGUCCUCCAGAAGAAGAAUCAGAAUACCACCCUGACACGGCAAACCAAGAACCUUUUCCCGUUUCAAAUCGAGAACUAUGCGAGGAGGAGAAGGAACUCAUUCACUUCCCAGUUUGUGAAGGGACCUCUCAACCUGAACCUUCGUGUUCAGCCGUCAGAAUAACAACCAAUAAAAACUACCGGAGCAGAGCCUCCCAGGAAAGCGCUUUAAAAAAGAUGCACGAAGAAGAGCACCAUCAGCAGAUGUCCAUUUUGCAGCUGCAGCUGAUCCAGAUGAAUGAAGUGCACGUGGCCAAAAUCCAGCAGAUCGAAAGAGAAUGUGAAAUGGCAGAAGAAGAACACAGGAUAAAGAUGGAAGUUCUCAACAAAAAGAAGAUGUAUUGGGAGAGAAAACUGCAGACUUUUACCAAGGAGUGGCCUGUGGCAUCAUUUAACAGGCCCUUCCCCAAUUCACCAUAG